GGGCCGAUGGGUGCUGUGUGGGGCUGCGGCGGCCGCUCUUCUCAGCAGGCUCUGCCGCCUUUCGCGCCUUCGGUCUCUCUUGAGCGCGCAGUCUGUCCGUCACCUCGGCGCAGCCGCUUCCGAGCUCUGUCAGCCUUACUCCAUCGGGAAGCUUCUGCCUCUCUGUUGUGCUCCGCUUCACGUGCCCGGUAGGGCAGACUGCCCGCAGUACGCCAAAGCCGAGCUCCUGGCCGACUACCUCCAGGCUAACCUGCCGGACGUCAGGGUGCAUAAGGUGGUUCAGCACCCCGGCAGGUGGGAGCAGUGGCUUCGUGAUGUUUGUGAAAUGAAUGGAUGGGAGCACAAAUGGUCUCCAAUCAUUUGGAGAGAACUGUUGGACCGUGGAGGCAAGGGUCUGCUUCUGGGAGGACUUAGUGAAUUUCUGGAAUAUGCUCAGCACUAUUAUGGCAUUACCUCAAUAAUGUUGACUGAGGAAGUGUUAGACAUUGCCGAGGAGAACCUACAGGCACAUAUGGAAUCUGAAAAAGAGCAGGAAGAGAUUAGAAGUCUUAUCAACCCUUUGCAGAUCUGGAUCACCAGUGCAUCAGCUGCAACCUGCUAUCAGCUUAUCCCUCUGUUGGCAAGUGGUGACGUGUUUGGGAUGACCACAGAAAUCAGCAUCCAUUUGCUUGAUGCUGCCCCAUUUAAGGAACGCCUUUCUGGUAUUGUAAUGGAAGUUGAAGACAUGGCAUUCCCGCUCCUCCGUGGUAUUUCAGGGCACACUGAGAUAGAUAAGGCUUUCCUUCAAGCUGAUGUUAUCAUUGUUCUUGAUGAUAUCCUUUUAGAAAGAGACACCCAAACUACUGAGAACUGCAUUAGAAUGUUGAGUGAGAUCUGUCAAGUGUAUGCUCCCCUGAUUGAGAAGAAUGCCAAGAGUGGAGUCAGAAUAAUUUCAACAGGAAAAACCUUUGUAAACCUUAAGGCAAUGAUGAUUAUCACAUAUGGCCCGUCCAUUAAGCCUGAAAACGUCAUUGCUGUUGCAACAUCCUGGGAGAGUGCAGCUAAAGCCAUGCUAGCCAGGAAGCUGAAUAUGAACGCAGCAGGGGUUAAAGAUGUGAUUGUUUGGGGCAACAUUACUGGCUGUACCUACAUUGAUUUGUCACAUGCAAAGCUUUACAGAUGUGACAGUGCUAUUUGGGGCCCAGCUAACUUUUCACGUCCUUUGUUGAAUUUGAUUUAUGAUAGCAAAUGGAUCAAUCCAGAAUUUAUAUCUGCACAGAGUUCAUUAGGUUCCCACGUCUGCCACUGUGCAGGAAUGUUAUCUGCUCAUGCAGUAGCCACUGCACUGAGAUACUGGUUUCAUGGUUCUCCUCCUGGAGAGAUUGUUUCUAUGGGAAUAUUUAGUGAAGGUCAGUUUUGCAUUCCUGAAGGGAUUGUCUUCUCUAUGCCGGUGAGAUUCCAGAAUGGUAGCUGGGAAGUUGUGACAGAAUUAGAAAUUAAUGAAACAACACGGGAAGUUCUGGGACGUUUAUCCCGCGAUCUGAUACAGGAAAAGCGCAUUGCACUAAAGGAAAUACAUGAAAUGCAUCCUUGUUGAGCUGAUAAAACCACUACUAUAAAAGAUUUGUGUCAAGAGAUGGAAACUUUUCCUACUGGCUCAGUUGAGCGAGAGUUAUCUUCAGGAGAAAAUGGUGAAAAUUCGCAUGCUAAAACAAUGCUUCUGUUGCUCAAAAGAGUAAACUACAAAGAAAUGCCAAACAUUGUCAUAGCUUUUAUUGUGCUGUCUUCAUCCAAAUCCUGGAAAUCAGUCGUUGGAAAAAUAUCUCAAGAACAGUAUAAAUAUAAUUCUUAAUCUGGAGACCAAAGCAAAACAUUCACUCACUUUAAUGAGUCUAGAAUUGAAUUUCUGUCCAACAACUUCUUGAGAUGUUUAAAACUGUUUUAAAAAAAAAUUCUUUAAUGUCUGAAAUGUCCAAAUUAGGAUGACUUUCAGCAAAGUUGUCACAGAGUAGUGGUUUUGUAACUCCAGAUUCCCGCUUCUUAUGGUAGUGACAAGAUCAUUUUUGUCUCCAUUAUUUAUUUCAUUAGUUUGAUAGGGACUGCUCAUACGGUCAGACAUACAGUUAAUUAGGUCCGUGUCUAAACAGGGUUGUUUAGGAACCGCUUUCAUUUUCAUGUCUUCAGUGUCUUAAAAGAUGGGGACUGUGAUAAAUGAGCUAUGAUUAUACUUACUAAUUUUUUAUCAGUUGUGAAUGUUAAAAACAAAAUAAAAAGUUUCCUGUUCUUUGAAUCGAA